AUGGAUGAUGAUAAAAAAUCUAUUGUUAUUGGCCUCGGUGCUGGUCUUGGAGGCUUUUUUGGUUUUUUCAUUUUAGUAUGCAUUUGUUGGCAUAUUUUUUGUGGAAGUUGGUGUGAUAAAAAACCGUCACAACCGGCUAUACAAGAGUUACAACGACGAAAUAUUCAAAAGAAAAAAAUUCAUCCUGAACCACGAUCAACACAAACAUCAAAUACAACAGACAGUGUUAGAGGGGCAUCAAAAUUUGUUAGCGAAAUUUAG